GCAGCGGCGGUAGCGGCGGCAGGAGCAGCAGCGGGAGGAGCAGCGGUAGCGGCGGCAGGAGCAGCGGCGGCGCGUGGGCAUGGGGUCGCGGGCAGCGCCCGCCUCCCCGCGCUGAGGGACCAGCGGAUCCGAGCGCAGCCGCGGGAGCCGCCUCUGCUUGUGGCAGCCUGCUGUCACCUUCCCUUCUGGCAAUGGGGAAUGGACUCUCGGACCAGACGCCGAUCCUCUCCAGCCUGCCUUCCUUCCAGAGCUUUCACAUCGUCAUCCUGGGGCUGGACUGCGCUGGGAAGACGACGGUGCUGUACAGACUGCAGUUCAAUGAGUUCGUCAACACUGUCCCCACUAAAGGAUUUAAUACGGAGAAAAUCAAAGUGACGCUAGGCAAUUCGAAGACGGUCACUUUCCACUUCUGGGAUGUGGGCGGCCAGGAGAAGCUGAGGCCGCUGUGGAAGUCGUACACAAGGUGCACCGAUGGCAUCGUGUUUGUGGUGGACUCCGUCGACGUUGAGAGGAUGGAGGAGGCCAAAACAGAACUUCAUAAGAUUACUAGGAUAUCCGAGAAUCAAGGAGUGCCUGUCCUUAUCAUUGCUAACAAGCAGGACCUGAGGAACUCUCUCUCCCUUUCUGAAAUCGAGAAAAUGUUAGCGAUGAGUGAGCUGAGUUCUUCAACUCCCUGGCAUUUGCAGCCUACCUGUGCAAUCAUUGGAGACGGACUUAAAGAGGGACUGGAGAAACUACAUGAUAUGAUAAUUAAGCGAAGGAAAAUGUUGAGGCAGCAGAAAAAGAAGAGAUGAGCUCUUUUUUGACCUUUCUAUUUUAGAGUAGUUACAUGGUCAAAAUUUGACGUAAGACAGCUUCCAAACCCAGGCCUGUUUGGAUGCCGUUAAGCUUAGUUACGUUAAACAAUCAGUUGCACAACCUUGCUGCGUGCAGGAAGGCAGUGCAGUUGUGGAAUUUUUUUUUUUUUUUUUUAACUAGUCUCUUCUGAGUUUUUUGGCUCUGUAUUAUUUCAGAAGCCCUAAUAGAUGAUGUAAUGCUAUCAGGAAAUGGAUGGAUGGGUGGGUAUAUGUGACAUGGAUGUCUAAAUAGCCAAAUAAAACGAGGGUUUUCUGCUUAGUGUUGUACUCAUAUGUUUGAGGGUGCCCUCUGCAAGCAAUUUGCGUUGAAGGUGUUCUGUGUUUUUAAACUUCUAAUGCUCGUAAGUGGAGUGCUUAGGUGAACAUUAUACAGCUUUAAAAACAUGUAUGAAGCUAGUAACCCAUAAUUUUGUUGAGCCUGGUUUUUUACCUUGUUUGAGGAUUUCUAUGAAAGCUUGGCUACACAUGUAGGUUUUUUUCAUUUGGCACUUUUUAAAAUUGAAUCAUGUUCAGUUCAAACACUUGAAGUUUUAAGUGCUGUGGAUUCUUCAGUUGGUAAAAGAAAGACUUUGACAAGUGAAAACUGUAAACAACAUGAUGGAGCAUGAAAAAGUGGUUUCCCAACAUAUAGCAUGUUUUUUGGUAUGUAAGGCUUUUAUUUUUUAGAAAUAGCCAUUCAUCAUUAUACAGUGCUAAUCAGGUUUAAACUGUUACUCAAAAUUAGUAAUUUAUUUCUGAAUGGUGAGUAUUAUGUCCUCCUAGUAUCAAAAGUCAAUGAAUUGCAGUAAAGGAGCUAUAAAGAACAACCAUGGCUGCUGUCUUUCUAACCAGUGCAGCAUUCUUUGCCCUACUGGUGACUUUCCUGGCAAUAUAACAUAGUGAAGUAAAGAUGGAGUUAAAAUUAGUAGAGCACAUCUUGUAUCUCCCCAAAAUACCCCAUUUUAUUAAAGUGGUAUUGCUAUGUCACUUUCAA